AUGUCAGGUCGACUUAAUCAAUACAAGUUCAUACUUGUAUACCAAGACCAUCUUACUAAGUUCGUCCCACUUCGACCUCUUAAAAGCAAAAGGGCAGAGGAAGUGGCUUAUGUACUCUUGGACAUUUUUACAAUUUUCGGUGCGCCUAGUAUUUUGCAAAGCGAUAAUGGGAGAGAAUUUGCCAACCAUACCAUUACUGAACUGUGCAGUAUGUGGCCUGAGUUAAAAAUGGUUCGUGGAAAACCCAGGCACUCUCAGAGUCAAGGCUCAUUAGAACGUGCUAAUCAGGACGUGGAAAAUAUGCUUUGUUCGUGGCUGGAAGACAAUAACACUAAGAAAUGGUCGGAAGGUUUACGUUUUGUUCAGUUAAUGAAGAACAGGGCUCAUCAUAGUGGCAUAAACUGUUCUCCGUAG